AACUUCAUGGAGGAUUGGAACCAUGAACAAAUGUGGAGAGCUUUUAGUGGAUAUGGCAGAGUUAUUGAUAUCUAUGUACCAAACAGGAAGGACAGAUAUGGAAGACGGUUUAGGUUUGCCAGGUUUCAAGAGGUGAAAAACGUGAGUAUGUUGGAGAAGGAGCUAGAUCAUAUCAAAGUAGGAGGAGUCAAGAUCCAUGUAAAUCAACCAAGGUUUGAUAGACAAGCUAGAACACUGAAGGAAGGAGCUCAGAAAAGUGCAACUGAAACCAUCAGAUCUGAAGCAAGAAGGCAACCAAACUUGUCCUAUGCAAAUGUUCUCAAAGGAUCAAGAUGAACAGAUUGGGGAUUGCCCAGGCUACUGCUCCAGGGCAAUUGAGGAACCACACAGGGAAAUACAUGAAUGCCAACCAU